AUGGCGGCCACGGGCUCCGCCUGCGUGGCGCUCGCAUCCCUCCCCUUCGCCGCCUCCACCUCCGCCUCUACUCGCGUCUCGGCCAGCAGCCACCGCGGUCCACGGCGCUUCAGGGCCGGCACCCCGAAGCCGGGUGCCGAUGGCUCCUUCCCGGUGGACCGGGCGGAGGCGGCCAGCGGCGAAAAGCUCCUCCGUGACAUCAUGAACGAGAACAAGAUCGAGCUCUACGCCGCAUACGUGAGCCUCCCCCCUUUCCCUUGUCAUGUUGAAUUGUGCCGCCGCAGUACCAACGGGUGGCAGUCUGACAGAAAGUGGUCCUGUUGUUUCCCAGGGUUGUGGUACAACGGCUGCCCCAGUGGAAGAAAUGAUUGUGCAGCACCACACUGGUGGAUGUACUGA